CUGUCGCUUUCUCGAAAGCCCACACGGUUUCACUGUAGCAUGGAAUUUAUAAACAAAAACACAUUUAUGUUAUAUUUUUUUGUAUUGUUAGUACAUGCUUAAACAUUAUAACAAUAUUUUCGUUAAUAAUUCAACGAUUCACAUCUUAUAUUGUCAAAUACCGUAACGACUCUCAGUAAACUGGCCAGACAGCGCCAUUGUCGAUAUCAAUUAGAUAGCAUUGGAUUAGUAGUAACGUUAAAUACACGACAUCACACAAGAUUAUGUCUGUCUCUGUAGCGCCUACGCCUGACAAGGGAAGGCGACGGAGACUUCUUGAUGAUGAAGGUGAAGAUGAAGAUGUUGAAGCAUCACCAGUAGUCACCAGACCUUCAGAAUGUGUAAGGCUUUAUAAUGACUUAGGCCAACUCGAGAUUAAGUUCCAUUAUUAAGAAAGUUCUCCCUUUUUCGGUUGCUUUAAUCAUGAAUUGAACUUGAUUAUUGGAAGUUGUUAAAAAUGUUAACCCCCCUGCCCCUUCGUUACCUUCAGUUUGAGUUAUUGAUGAUUGGAACUAAACCUAUUUUUAUACUCCCUUCAUUCCAGUGCAAAAUUAUAGGCUUAUCGGACUAUCCACAUUCAUUGAAUUGAAUUCUAAUCAUCAUCAAACUCAGUUACCAGUACUGACAGUCAUGGGCACUNGUGGGUCACGGUGGGUGGGUCACGGUGGGUGGGUCACGGUGGGUGGGUCACGGUGGGUGGUGAUAGAGAUGUGACAUAAAAUGCACACAGUCAACGCACUUUAUAAGCAUUCCAGUUAGUGCUCUCCCACCCCCCCCCCAUUUCCCAACCUUAAAUUACACAUUUUUUUCCCCCCCCCCAAAAAAUUUUUUUUUUCCCCCCCCCCCCCCCCCGAAAGUUUUCUGCGGGAGCCCAUGCUGACAGUUCAGUACUGGUACUCACAGUGACAAUGAUUAGUUAAGAGGUUAAUUUAGUUAAAUCAUAAAUAAAAAAUUACAGUGAUCAUGUUUCGGAUUUUAGGCCUGCACUUACUUAAAAUUCUUAUGAACGAACUUAGUGAGGCGAGUUGAACCCUAGCCCAAGGAAUAAUUUGGGUUCCUGAUAGGCGAUGGCUCAAUUUCAUUUCCUGUGCCAGUAUUUCCAGCCUUGCCCUUUUCAAAAUAUCAAACAAAUUGUAGUGCGCACUAUGUAAAAAAAAAAACAACAACCCACAACUGAGACUGUUGCAAGGCAACGCAGUGAUAACUGGUCAUCAGCUGGUCUUGGCGCAUAUGAUUAUAAUAUCUGAGGGAUUAAAAUAAGGUGCUGCUCUCAAUUUGAUACUCUGCCACUCUACCCUACUUUUAUUUAUUGGCAGAUAAUAAGGUUAUGUUUGCAUUGUUUAUAAAACAACAUAUGGUCAAAAUCUAUGUCGAGACUAUGUAUCAACGCAAUUAAAUAUUAUGCGCGUUGAACAUUCAUUGGUUGAUAUUUUUGUACUAAAUAAAAUAAUGAAAUAUCAUUGAGUUAGAACUAUUCACUCGACCUCUGCACCUUUAACUUUAAGAGUAUAUUAUGUACAUGAUCCCAUGACUAUGUAAUGAAGAAAUAGUAACAGCACAAAAUGAAAACAUUAAAAUUGGGACUCAAUAUUUGGAGUAACAGUGAAGUCCAUAGUAAUAAAGGGAAAACACUCACAUUCUAAGAAAUUCAUUGCUCAAAAACUAUGGCUACCAAAGACCAAAGCCAGCAGGCUUUAGACUAAACCUAGUAAAUGUUAUUUUCAUUCUUUUAAUUUAACGUUUGAUUUAUACAACUGUUAAAUUUUUUUAAUUCAUUUUUUUAAAACUGAAACUACAACUGUUUAACUUUUUCCAUUUAAAUUUGUUUACUCUUUCAUAGUGCAGGUACUCUAGCACUAAGGCCAGGGUAUGGUACAGCUAGUGCUCAACUUACGACCACAAUCGGUUCCGACAGACCAGUCGUAACACAAUUUGGUCGUAAGUUGAGUACGCUAUGAGUAAUGUGAAGUGAUGUUAUAAAAAUAUUUAAUUUAAAUUAUAUCAUAAAUUUCUUUUAUUAUUGUUAAUAUUCUCUGUUCAUGACCGCCGAUGAUUGCAGACAACACCGUUCGACUGAUAAUUGAGGCAGAAAUAAAUCUGAAAUCUAGUACAGUAUGGCUAGUGAUUGUGGUCAUAAAGUCGAAUGGUCGUAAGUUGCAUAGGUUGUAAGUCGAGCACUAGUUGUAUAUAGUAUUUUGAAUUUCCAGCCUUUUCCUGUCUGUGAUUUUUUGCAAAAACAUUUUAAAGUUAAUGAUAAUGAUCCACCUUUUGUCUUGAGGAUCCCAUGUCAUAUAAAAUGUUUUAAAAUAUAGGUCUAAAUCAAAUAUAGGUCUAAAUAAUUUAUUAUAUUUAUUUAUGUUAGGAAUUCUAAACAUAUUCAUGGGUAAAAACAUCUUUUACUGUGAGAACCAUGGGAAGGACAAUGUUUUUGUAUAUCUGAAAUUAUAAUUUAUGAUAUAGAGCUAUAUGGACAAUGACCAUUGUUAAAACUGGUUGUUAGCUGGGGAAACCUCCUCUACUUAUUAUUAAUCUAUCUAAACAAAGUAAUUUCACCUGAUCAUGAUCUAGAGGCCAAACUGCUGUUUUCAAGAGGUUUUAGAACAUGUAACAUCAUUCUUCAUGCUAUAAUACAAUCCUCAAAGUUUUUUUUCAUCCCUGUGUGUAAUAUAAAAAAGUAUAGAUCAUGAACUCACUCGUGCUUAAUAUUUAAUUUAAAUCUCAAUAAGGCUAAAAGGAAAUUUGUUUCUACUGCAUAUCAAUUAAGUGCAAAUUGUGGUAGGUGUCAUUAAACAAAAUUAAAUUAAUGGAGUGGAGCCUUAUAUUGGAUAUUGUCCAUGAAAUUGGGGGCUUAUGUUCAAGAUAUGAUUUGGCACUAAACGUUAUCAGAUUGACAUUCAAAGCAAUAUCUACCAUAUCUGAUGUGACUAUUUUGUUUGAAAUUAUUAAAAGUGUGGCUUGGCGUCCAUAGUAUGAAAUAAGUGUCAAGAUAUCUGAACAUUAAGGCAAGUCCAAGACAACUGUGUUAUAGAAUUCUAGUUACAAUUUAGGCUUACCGAUAUUAACUAGGGAUGGCUGUGUUUCAAAGGGAUCCACUUUGUACAGUGAAUGAGGCUAUUUAAAGCUCAAAUGUUUUUUAUUUUAGAAUUUUUUUGCCUCUGACAAUGGAAGAGUUUAAAUUGCACUACAUUAAUGUUCAAAUUUUCUUGCAGGAAUCUGAAGGAGAAACUCCGGAUGUAGGUAAUAAAUUCAUUAUUUUAAUAGUUUAAGUGAAAUGAACAGAUUUGAACAAAAAUGUAUAUUUAUCAUAUUGAUUUGUGCCAUAUGAAAUGUAUGUGAGGAUGAAAUUUCUUAAUUAUUUUGGACCAUUUAAUGAAUCUCUAAAAAACUUCAAAAUCACUUUGCAUGGAGCCUAAAGAUAAGACUGAAAUGUCUGUUCUGUUUAAUUAUUUGUAAAUGACAUAUUUGUAAGUAUUUAAAUGCACUAAUACGUUUUUGUUUGACAUGAAAAAAUUUACAUGUCUUUUUUUUAUGCAGAGUUAUCUGAACAUGAAAGUGCAGUUGAUGAAAAUGCGGAUUUGUAAAUGACAUAUUUGUAAGUAUUUAAAUGCACUAAUACGUUUUUGUUUGACAUGAAAAAAUUUACAUGUCUUUUUUUUAUGCAGAGUUAUCUGAACAUGAAAGUGCAGUUGAUGAAAAUGCGGAUCAAGAGGUAACAAUUUUUUGUAUAUUCACUAUUUUGGCAAUUUUUCAUUUGUAUUUCUGGUAGUUGUAAAUGUCCCCUCUUCCAUUUCCAGCAGAGAAGAGGUUCUUGCUAUUUGUUCAUUAUUAAAUUUAAAAAUCUCUUUAACCCUGUUAAAUCUUAUUUGUUGCUGGACAUACAAAAAGUCUUGCAAUAUUCCAUCGAGGGCCAAUGAAUUGUUGGUUUUCUUUUUAGCAAUUAUAUUUUCUGUCCCGCUGAGUACAUAGUUCUGCAAUAUUUAUACCUUUUCUGCCUGCAAAGUCAAAUACUUUAAUAUGAACAUUUAUUGUAUUGCAUACCAAUCAACACUUCAAAUGAUGAUGAAUCUUUUUAACUCUGUUUUUUUUUAAUCAGGAUGAAACAGAAGAGGGAAGUGAAACCGAAACUGAAGAAGGUUCAGAAACAGAAUCUGAGAGUGGCUCAGAGACAGAAACAGAAGGUGGUGAAGGGUACUCGGAUGAGGAAGGACUAGAGGAGGAACGUCAAAGUGGGGAUGGAGAGGUGAGCGAGCUUAAUUAUAUUAUUAUAUAGUCUCAAGGCUCUGCUGUUAAAGAGAUAUUUUAAACAAUACUGUUUUCAGGAUUCCAGAAUAAACAGCAAGUAAAGUAAGAAAUGCAAUUUUGAUGCUUAAUCUUUAUAAUAUUAGCCCAGUUUCUUGUGCUUCCAACUGCAUUCAGUACCGUUACACAUUUAAGUGCGUUGUCUGUGCUAAAUUAAUUUGGAAACAUUGAUGUACAUUUUCAAGCAGAAUUUUGGGUAAUCACAUUUUGCUGAAAUUCAUUCGACAUGACUUCCCAUGUAAGUGUUAAAAUAUUCUUAGAUUGUUCAUAUGUUAACAAAUCAAGAUAACAUUAUCUUAUUGCCAGGAGCAGCCAAACAGUGAUAAGCCUGAUGAUGAUGAAGAUAAAAAGAAUCCAGCAUAUGUGCCUCGUAAAGGUGCCUUUUAUGAACAUGAUUUUCGACAGGGUGAUGAAGGCCCAGAGGGUGUAGAGGAAAAGGAUGAUUCCAAGUAUGUUUCUAUUUAGCUAGCCUUUUGUUUGCAACAUAAAAAUGACUGCUUACUGCAAAAUAUAUUAUUUUUACUAUUGUGCCAAGAGUAAUCAUUAUUUUCAUACUUACUGAUCAGAAAUAGUAGAAUACUUUUACAUAGCUUAUGUAAAUUAACAUUAAAGAAUUAAAUCAAAGAAUUGUUUAAUAAUGUAUUAAUGUGACACUUAAGACAACCAGUUAUGAAUGCAGUUCACUUUAUUUUAAGUAAUUAUAGUACCAACCAAAUUUAUUUCUGAACCUGUCUAUGGUACAUAGUUAUUUUUGGCUGUAAACAAAUUGGUAAAAUUUGUGAACAGGUUAAAUUUAAUUAAGUAAAAAUCCAUGUAAAAGUUGUUGUUGUCUAAGGAGCAAUUUCAAAGUAAAAAAAAAAAAAAUUAAAAUAAUAUAAAUAAUAUAAAUUUUUCAAUCAAUAAAACACAAUCCUAUUGUUCCUUACAGACCUAAGAAAAAAUUAUGGCAGGAUGAAGGUAAAUGGUCACAUGAUAGAUACAGUGAUGACCUGCAGGCACCCAAGUCACGAGAGGAGCUCAUUGCCAUUUAUGGGUAUGACAUUCGAGCUGCUGACAAGCCUCCUGAAGCUGCUCCUAAGAGACCUAGCAGGUAAGUUGUAUUGAAUAAUUUAAUGGGAUGAUUUGCAAAUAUUGCUUGUGGUUGAAUGGAAAUUCAUAUCUCAAGUUUUAUGAUUUAAAAAAUGAUAUAUUAAAAUAUGUCAGAUCGGUUAUUGGUGUAAGCUAAAUUGAAAGGAGAAAUUUAUAUAAAGGGUUUUUUUUUCAAAUGAUGAGAUAACCUCUGGCACACACUUUAAAGAGAUUAUUAAAUAUGCCUUAUCUUUACUGACAAUAGUAGUUACCUUAGUACUUAGUAUAGUACACAUCUAAAAAAAAAUUAUUUUUUGCACUAUCAUUCAGAGAGAAAGGUCCAAGAAAGCACAGAAUUCAAGACUUCAUUCCUCAGAUGGCUGUUAUAGAUACAACUGAGGAUGGAUCAGAUUCAGUACCCAACUUAGGAGAUGAAGAGUUGAUUCUCUACGAUGGACCACCAUCCAGAAAUGCAAACAGAAGCCAUGUGCGCAACACUGAUAGCAGGAGGGGUGGAAGGGGAAGGACAAGGGUGAAUGUUGCGGGUGAGGUCGAGAAUUACAACAACCGGAAUCGUGAAGACGCCAAUCAGUAUAAGAAUGAAAAAAAUUCUACGGACAAUAGGAUAUCUUCAGACAAUAGUAAGCCUGAAGAAAUACAAUCAGCGGAGGAAUUCCCUAGUCUUGAAGACACAGAAAAGACAAUAAAGCAAAGAGAGAAUCAAGGAGGGAAGAGAACAGAUAAUUAUGAAAAACUGAAGAGUGAUACAACAAAAUUUUUGGUUGAAAAAAGCCCUAAAACGUAUCCAACAGAAAGAGAUGGCAAUCAAAGAAAGGACUACCGAGAUAACAGGGGUGGGAAAAUCCAGCAAAGCCAAGAUGCACGACGACAAGAUGAUGUUCGAGAAAAUAAUAGAUAUCAACAAGGAUACAGAGAUGAAAGAAAAGAUGUAAACAUUAAAUCGGGUGGACGGGACAGUGAUUUUUAUAACAGAGGUCCUGAAGAAAAUUGGAGAUCGGCUCCCAAUGAACACAGAGAGAGCUAUAACAGAGGGGAUGAUUACAGGCGGGGCAGCAAGCAAAACUUUGGCUAUGGAAGGCAACAACAACAACAGUACAGAGAUAAUAGAGGGCCAAGGGCGGGCAACUCUGGGGACGGGUACUUUAACUACAACAACCGUGGGAAUAGGUAUGAGCAGCCACCGCGCUACCAGCAGCAGGUUGAUGUGGCGUCUCCUAAAGAGCCAAGGGAAUACACCAACACAUCAUACAAAUCUGCAGAUGACAAGACAAAGCAACGGCAGAGUUACAAUGGGGCCUCACCUAAUGUAGCUAAUGUGGUUACGGAUGGUGGUGAUGGCAGUACUUCACAAAAUGUUGUGUUUUCUAACAAGGAAAAUGUGCAGACAAUAAAUGUUACCAUCACUAGCACAACAACUGAAAAGAAAUCGUAUGCUAAGGAGCGCAGGGCUAAAGGAUCAUCUUCUAAGCCUAUAGAGAGUGCCACAAUAAUGGGGAAUACAGAAAUGCAAAAACCUGGUAUGUGCUUUAUUAAAUUUCAACAACUGAAAAGAAAUCGUAUGCUAAGGAGCGCAGGGCUAAAGGAUCAUCUUCUAAGCCUAUAGAGAGUGCCACAAUAAUGGGGAAUACAGAAAUGCAAAAACCUGGUAUGUGCUUUAUUAAAUUUAAAAUUUAAAUUUUUUAAAAAUUAUCAGCUAUAAAUUUACAAGAAAACUUCUCAAAUCUGAUUUUUUUUUUUUUCCAGUUGUUCAAGGGUCUGGCAUGCAGUAUCAAGUUCCGAGUCAAAGUAAUAUUAAGGUGGAUCCAAACUCCAUACAUCAGGCUGGUGCCAAACGAUAUUCUUCUCAGAGACAGCAGACUCUUGUCAAAGGAGUAUACUCUGAACCACCCCCAAUGGAAAAUAGUGGUGCUAAACUUUACAACCCAGGCAUGCUCUGAUUUUAUUCUACAUUUCAUUUCUUUUGCUUCCCAAAGCUUGAAAAACUAUCUCAAAUUUUGACAAGUGUUUAGGUGUUAUACUUAGGAAAUUAAGUAUUUGCAUUUAAUAUAAUUUUUUCCUAUUUGAAUCAUAAAAUGACUGAUAAAUAAUUAUCAUUAAAAAUGUAUAUUUUUUUGCUUUUUGUAAUUUCUUUUUCCCCUUAAUUCAUACGUUUCCAGCUUUGCCUCCACCCUCAUAUUUUCGGGAUCAUGGGUCUGUUAAUCCUGGCCAGCAUCCCACACCUUCUUCUCCAGGUGUUCAAGAUCCUACUCAUUAUCCUCCCCCACUUCUUCCUCCAGCUGCUGCAUUGCCCUAUGGUUUGCCAGGUAAAAAAUUUUCAUAGGUUUAUAAAUAUCUAUAUUUAUAUAUGUAUAUAAGCUUUUACAGUAUUAUCUCCAUUUACAGUAUAUCUCCAUUUACUGAUAUAAGAAGAAAAAUAACUAUAGUAAAAAAAAUUCAACUCAUCAUUAAACACAAUUUGAUUCAAGUUAACAAGGAAUGCUGUGCCUUAAUCCUAUAUAAAUAACCAUAAUAAAGACCAUAAUCAUAUUUAAUUAGUUUUUAAUUCACAAAUUUGAAAUAAAUGAUUGCUCCAAACAUCAUAUAUUUUAUGUUCAUAUUUUUUAAUGAUAUUUUAAAGCAGUCACUUAGCAAGUGGCUUCUAAUACUAUUAAUAAGUAUUAACAAGUGUUUAAGUUACUGUUUCUCAACAAAAGAUUUAAUAUUUUCUUUAUUUCUAACAUGGCAGCAAUGUUUAGCCCCUUUAACUCUUGAUCCUUGUUUUUUCCAUUUCAAGUUUCCACCACAGUUCUGCCACUUCCACCAAGUGCCCCCGGGAUUGCUAAUCCAGCUUUGUUCCAACCAACAACUGGCCCUCCCCCUGUUGGAACAGGUAUCUUGGGUUCACCUUACCUUCCUGCAGGAAUGAUGUAUGGAGCAGCACCUAGGGUACCCCCACCAGGAACCCCAGCUGGAUUUCCUAUGUCCAUAGCAUACACGUCCCCUCCUCCACCUGCAGCUGCUGUAGCAGCCGCUGUUGUUGGUAACCAGCCACCACCGCAAGGCACUGUGCAACAACCAGGCAUUCAAUCAGCUCAGGUAUACCAAGUGGGACAAAUUAAUAGUUACAGUGCAGAGAAUCUCAUUACAAAUACUAAAUCAAUUGGUUUCUUACUAUUACUUACUUAAAAAAUUAACUUUAAGUUUUUGUCUUAAUGUUACUGAUACUUAACUUUAAAUAUUACUGAUAAUUAGCGCAAAAUCUAAAUGCUAGCUAUUUCGCUGAAAUUUAACACUAGUUUCAUUGUGUAGUGAAAAUUUCAAAUAUUUCUCUAAUCCCCACUAUUUGCAGCAUAAAAAAGUUUAUAGAGGGGAUAUAACCUACUAUGCUCCAGAGCUUCAACAGCCAUCACGCACUCCCCAGAAAAGACCCAAAGCAGCAAUUCCAAUUAUAGAUCCACAGGUUUGUCAAUUUUAAAAUGUGAUAAACUCUUUUACAGCCCCAAGUGAUCUAAUAAUUUCUAGUCAUUCUGUUGAACUAAUUUUUAAAUAGAAAAUAUUUAUGAAAAAUUUUUUUGAUAUAAAUUAUAAAAAAUUUAACAAAUGAAUGCAUACAGUACUACGGCUCACUCAGGAAUAAAUAAACAUUUUUAUAAACUUUUUACCCAUCCAUCCCUAUGAUGCUACAACCCAUGUAGGGCUUUGGCCUACCUCCCUACUUCCUUCCAAUCAGACCUAACUCGUAUCUGGAAAUUUUUUUGAAAAAAAUUUCGUAGACGGAAAAUUGAUAGACGGAAAUUUGAUAGAACGGAAAUAUGUUCGGAUCUUUUUUUCAGUUUACAUGUUAAAAUUUUCGUCAAAUUUCUUUUUGAAGGCACUAUACUUUAUAGUAAAAUAGUGCGCUCAAAAAGAUAUUUGAAACAAAAUUUUAACAUGUGAACUGAAAAAAAGAUUCAACCAAAUUUCCGUUCUAUCAAAUUUCCAUCUAUCAAUUUUCCAUCUACGAAAUUUCUUGCAAACAACCAACCUAACUAGACUAAUGCUUUUCUUUUCUAUGCUUGGAUUCCAGCUGCUGUAGAUGUUUUUCCAUGUCAUCCAUCUAAGCCUAGGUCUACCUUUUAGCCGUUUUACUCUGUGGUUUUGGUGGUGCACGCUUUUCACUCCUCUGUCAUUUGGCAUUCUUUCUAAGCCUGCCCUAUUUUAUUUUUGCUACUAGUUUGGGAUCCUGAUAUAAACCUAUAUAAUUCCUGGUUGGUUCGUAUUCUCCAUUCAUAUUCAUCCGUUGUAGGUCUGUAUAUUUUCCUGAGAACUUUUUCUCUCCCAUGUGUUUAGUUGUUUUUCUGCUGUUUUUUUUUUAAAUUUCACAAGCAAAAUUUAAUUGUACAUGAUGUAUUACUGAAAGUGCAAUGCUGGUUAUAGGAUCUAUUAUAUUCUAAAUAAUGAACAAAUAUACAACAAAAUCAAAAGCAGUUAUUUUCUCAACACAAAAAUAUUUUUAGAAAAGACAUUUAAAUUUGCCUUUAAAAAAAUAUAAUAUAUUUUGUUUUCUUAUUUUAAGGUGGUAAUGCAAAAGUAAGCAAGACCGUCAAGUUACAGAAUUUAUGCAUAUAAUUAUUGAAUUUUAAUUUGUAGAUAUAAAAAAAUUAUUAGUAGAUAUUUACCAAAAUCAAUUUGAAAUACUGUGCUUGCUUAUUAUUAUUUUAAAAACUUUUUAUUUUUUUCAACAGGAAAUGCGGCGACAAAAACAAAAGUCUGAACAACGAGUGACCCCAGAGAAAUCACCUUCCGUUUCAACAAAUAAACCAGUUUUACCUCCAACUCCUACUUCAAAUAGCAAUAGUAAGGGAAUUUCUCCAGCUCAAACACUUACAACUGACACAGCCAUUCAGCCUACAAAAGGAGCGCCCAAUGCAUAUAAUAAUAGCUAUAAGUUUGUUGCAGAGUCUGCUUUGCCAGAAUCAUCAUCAAUAGCCACUAAAACAACAAUUGUUCAAUGCAAUCCAGAAGUCAAUUUAGAUAUUAAAGCCAAUGAAGGUGAAAAAUUGACUGACCCUGUAACCAUUGACGCUGUAAAUGUUGAAAGUUCUGACAAAUCGGCCUUGAAUCUUACAACUACAUCGUAUGUUAAUUCAAAUAAUGUCACAGCCUGUGACACGGAUGCAGAGCUGAAGCCUUCCUUGUCAGAUACAGUUCUUUCUUUCAAAGGGGCAUUGGAGACAGUAGAGACAGUGUCACUAACAAAAGAUGCAGUCAGUCUUGAUAUAAAGAAUGAAAUGGUAUCUGCUGAAAGCUCUUCUCCACUAGUCAACUCUGUGCAAUGUACCACAGUCACUGAAUUAUAACAUUAGUGGCCACCUGUUAGCUAGCUCAUGUGGUUUAGUGUUUUUUUUUUAGCAAUUUGAUCACAUUACUUACUAGUUACUUUAACAGAUACAUUUGAGGUUGUUAUAAUUCAAUGAAUUCUGCUGAAUCAGAGUGUUAAAUAUUCGCAAAUAUAAAUUGUUUGCAAGCUAUUUUGUUAAGACUUUUUUUUUCAAUUAAGUUUUUAAUAACUGGGAAAUGUGUGUAGUGUAUAUAGUUGAUCUGCUUCUAAAUAUCAUUUUUCCUUUCCCUGGUUUUUAUUAAUAUAUUUACCUGACAUUUUCUAAUAAGCCUUCAUUUGGUUUGAUUGUUGUAAACCUGUGAAUACUAUUUAUGUAGAUUUACCAGUAACAUAGGUCGUUCCUCUCUGCCACAAGCAAAACAUUUGACUUCAGCAUUCACUGUAUUAGAAACAGUUCAGCAAAACAUUAAUUUUGUGCACUAGUACAUUUUAAUUAAUGAAAUAUAUUAUAUUAUUGAAAUUUAUUUGUAUAUAAAUAUUUGUCAUGAGUUUUGUUAUCAUAGAAAUCAAGAUUGACAAUGUAGAUUUCGUUCUUUUAAAUUGUCAAUUUUAGUUCAAUUUUUUUUUUUUUAAAUUUCAAAACCACACAAAAAUAAUAUUAAAAAAAAACCCAAAGUAUAACUAUUUUUGUUGCUAAAUGUAUUCUUAAAAUCAUAACACUGCUAAACAAAUUGUAUUUCCAGAGACUAAUGUGACAACAGAAAUUAGCAUGUUGGAAAUAUCAAAAUACAUAGUACCUGAUGGCAACUUGUUUCAUAUGCACCCUUCCCUGAUCUAAACUUUUUAUUACAUGGAAAACAAUGUUUCAAUGGGAUCUGAAACUAAGAGUGCAAGCUUGUCUAAAAAAAAAAAAAGAGGAAAGAUUGUAACCAUCAUAUUUCCAUCUCUGAAGUGUAAAAGCAGAUAUUUUGAACCUCAACAUUGUGAAAUCUUUAGAAAAAAUAAUCUUUGAACUUAGGGUAUAAGGUGGUCUUGUGCAGAAAACUGUAUUAAUAAUUUAAACUUGAGAAAAGUCAAAGAUGCACAAUAUGUCCUAAAUUACGUUAUCAGGGGAUGUUAUCAGCAAAACGCGUUAAGUGGUUAACCUAAAUUGGAAAAAAAAAUUCAGCUUUUUCAAAAAUGUCAAUUAAUUUCAGCACCAGUUAUGAUUGUCCUUUUACAAAAUGAUAUUUGCAAUUACAUUUUUUUAAAAUAUGUUUCAAUUGACUAACUCAAGUCCUACAAUUGAUUGCACUUCCCAUAUUCUUUACUAGAUUGUGUCACUAAAAAGGUUACCAAAUAUUUUAACAAAAUAUUAAGCUUCUUAAAACAAGGGCAUUAUUUUGUCUUUUUUUUUUAUAACUUUGUCCUCUUGAGCACCUGGAGUUUGGCAAAAAGCCCACAUGUGGCUAAGCCAUUCAUUUUGGCAUUGAUAUACAUUAAAACGCAAUUUUCUGAAUUUGUAAUGACACACCAGGUUAUUAGUGAUGUAGGUGUUAAAGUUAAUUUUUAUUAAUUAAAAAAAUAAAACAAUUACCUAGUUUGGCUUGUUAAAUAGUUUUUAACUUUUAUUACCUGCUAUGGAAUUAGUGUGAAAAUUCAUGUAGGGCCCUAAAACUUUUAGUAAAGGAGUAAUUAGUAUAAAUUUUAUUGAUCCUGUAAAAAAAAAAAAGUGCUUUCAUGUUCAAUUAUUGCUUUCAGUAUAAAUUAAAUGG